AUGAGUGACUACUCGGAUUCAGACCUGUCCGCUAACCAGUCUCCACCCAAGAAGAAAGGCAAACCCCAGAAGUAUACUAAAAAUGAUCUUUCGGAUGAUGAAGAGGAAGAGGAGGAGGACGACGAGGAAGAUGAUGGGGUUGAUGAAGAUGAGGAACCUGGCUUGACGUCGAAGAAAAAAAGGCGGAUGAACUUCGCAAUCAAGGACAUGUUCCAUGAUGAAGCUUCGGUGGAUGAAGAUGAUGAGGAAGAAGACGAGGAGUAUGAUGAAGAUGCAGAUCUUAUUGGUCCCGAAGACGAGGAAGCGUUGGAUGCUGUACCUGCAGCUCGUGAGCUAGAUUCACGCCGGAGAAUACGUGAAAUCAUGGAUCAGGAUGAGGAGGCGAUUGAAAGGUAUUAUCAAGAACGAUAUGAAAAUCAAGAUUACGUGGAUCGUUUCGGUGAUGGUGAAGCAAUGGCUGAUAGUAUUGUUCAAAAAGAGCGUCUUCCAGGCAUCAAAGAUCCUAAUCUUUGGGCACUUCGAUGCAAAAUGGGUGAAGAAAAAGCCACUGUAUUAGCGCUGAUGCGUAAGUUCAUAGCGUACCAGUUUUCUGACACUCCACUUCAAAUCAAAUCGGCCUUUGCAAAAGAGGGUUUAAAGGGAUAUAUUUAUGUUGAAGCCUUCAAACAAACUCAUGUUAAACAAGCCAUUGAAGGUAUCACUGCUUUACGAUUGUCCACCUAUAAACAGCAGCUUGUUCCAAUUGAGGAAAUGACAGAGGUUGUACGUGUGGUCAAAGAAACUGGUCAGCUUAAGCCUGAGCAAUGGGUCCGGAUUAAAUCUGGACUCUAUCGUGAUGAUUUAGCCUUGGUUGAAUAUGUGGAAGAUGCACAAAAUUUGGUGGGUCUUAAAUUAGUGCCACGAAUCGAUUAUGAGCGAAAACGUAAUCGUGGCACAGAGGCGGAGGACGAUAACAACAGUAAUAAUAAAUUUCGGCGUUUCAAACGUCCAGCUCCAGCGUUGUUCAAUGCAUCCAAACUGGCUGAUCGUGUGCAACGUGAUGGAUCAUCGUUGGUUUUUGAAGGGAAUCGAUAUGAUGCUGACGGAUUCCUGCAUAAACAAUUCCGUAUCAAUGCUGUUUUUACUGAAGGUAUUCGACCAACUCUAGCUGAACUCGAACGAUUUCAUCAUACUCCGGAUACUAGUAAUGCAGAGGUAACGUUAAGUCAUUGUUUCACACCUGGAGAUGUUGUUGAAGUAUGCGAAGGGGAUCUUAAAAAUCUUCGUGGUAAAGUGGUUUCAAUUGAAGGCAAUAACAGAAUUAUUGUUCAACCGAAUCAUUCUGAUCUACAUGAACCGAUACCUUUUACACCGAUUGAACUGAGAAAAUUUUUCAGUCAAGGUGAUCAUGUUAAGGUGCUCAGUGGUCGACAUGCUAAUGAGACUGGUUUAGUGAUACGUUUCGAUCCUACUCUAGCUGUUGUCCUAUCUGAUCAUAGUAUGAAUGAAAUGAAAGUUGCUCCGAAAGACUUACGUUUGUGGCAAGAUCGUGCUACAACUGUUGAGUCAUCUGGACAUGUUCAACUAAUGGAUCUAGUACAAGUUGAUCCUCAAACGGUUGGUGUUGUUGUCCAUGUGGAACGGGAUCAAGUGUCUGUCUUGACGUGUUUUGGUAAGGUGGUCAAUUUGAAGUCGAAUACAGCAUUGCGUCGAUUGAAUAGUGUUCGUCGACCACCACCACAGGCGUUGGAUCGUAAUGGGAAUUCUAUUCAGUUGAAACAAAUGGUUCGUAUAUUAGAGAAACCUCAUUGUGGAUUAGUCGGUGAAGUGAGACACCUAUAUCGUUCGUGGGCAUUCAUUUAUUGUCGUACACAUUUAGAGAAUGCUGGACUUGUUGUUGCCAAAACUCGUCAAUUAUCUGUGUUGACGACUUCGCAAGGUGGAAAUGAUCAGCAAGGAAGUAAUGAAGCUGGUAUGUCGGUGAAAACGGUCACACCUGUUGGAGGUGGUGGUGCUCGGAACUUUGGUGGUGGCAAUGGUGAAGGUGGACGGGGAAGAGGUAAUCGUAACGAACGUCAACUGGUCGGUAGAACAGCUUUAAUUGUUAAGGGUACAUUGAAAGGUCUGUUGGGUAUAAUUUGUGAUGCGACACCGACACAUGUAGUACUGGAAUUACACAGUCAAUUCAAGAAGGUGCCUGUAGCACGUGAGAAUAUGGCUUUGUUAGACAGUGGUGGUCGUAUUAUGGAGACACAGUAUGGUGCUACUGCUACACCUCGUAUUACACCGCUGCGUGAAAUGCGCACACCACAGUUGGCGUAUGGUUCCCAAACCCCUCAUGCAGCUAGUACGACUCCACGUGGUGACAGCACUCCGUUACCGAGUGCAUUUAACGCUGGUAUGGCUACACCGAAAAUCAACAAUCUUGAUGAUCCUAUGACUCCAAGUUCUAGUUUUCUAUGGACUUCAAGUGAUCAUCACCAAGACAAGAAUUUCAGCUUUGAUGAGAUAAGGAUGACUUUGAUGACGGUGGGGAAGUGA